GCCACAGUCGUCGCCUGUCGCUCUUGUUGGUUGCUUCCUACUGAUACGACAUGACUUUAUAUUAAAUGUGCAGCAAGAAGUAUUAGUUUUUAUUCAGCUGAUAAGAACAUAACUCUAAAUCUGAGAAUGUCCUUGUAUGAUGACCUCGGCGUGGGUGCAAGUGACACCAAAACCGAAGGAUGGUCCAAAAACUUUAAGCUCCUGCAGUCCCAGCUGAAGGUGAAGAAGGCUGCCCUGAGCCAAGCUAAGACUCAUCGCAUAAAGCAAACAACUGUCUUGGCUCCCGUCAUUGAUUUGAAGCGAGGAGGCCCCAGUGAAGACAGACAAAUCUCAGACACACCACCACAUACUGUUGCUGGCCUAAAGGAUCCAGUGCCCAGUGGCUUCUCGUCUGGAGAUGUGCUGAUCCCGCUCGCAGACGAGUAUGACCCGAUGUUCCCCAAUGACUAUGAGAAGGUGAUGAAGCGGCACAGAGAGGAACGACAGCGGCAGAGGGAGCAGGAGCGGCAGAAGGAAAUAGAGGACAGAGAAAAGAAAAGAAAAGAAAGACAUGAAGGAGGCGCACCGAGUGGCUUCUCGAGGUUCCCAGCAGCAGAGGAAGAUUCUGAUGAGGAUGACGAUUUUGAGAAAGAGCGGCGAAAACGAAGUAUGGGUGGUGCUGCCAUUGCCCCGCCUUCAUCGCUAGUGGACCGAGAUGGCCCAUCCUCGUUCUCGUAUGAGGAUGAAGGUCGUCCUGUCAGAGGCUCCAAGGCCGCCAUCCCUCCACCUAUGUAUGACGACUCAGACGGGCCACGUUCUCCGCCUGGACCAACCAGUUCCUUCCUAGCUAACAUGGGGGGUACCGUCGCGCACAAAAUCAUGCAGAAGUAUGGCUUCAAAGAAGGCCAGGGCCUGGGAAAGCACGAGCAAGGCUUGAGUACAGCGUUGUCUGUGGAGAAGACGAGCAAAAGAGGCGGCAAGAUCAUCAUCGGUGACGCUGCAGAGAAAGGAGGGCCACUCCAAGCAGGGGCUGCUGAGAUUUCUGGAGGAGCAGUGGACUCCAAGAAGUCUGAUGCCAACCCGCUCACAGAGAUUCUCAAAAACCCGACCAAAGUGGUCCUGCUGAGGAAUAUGGUGGGCCGGGGAGAGGUGGAUGAAGACCUGGAGGGGGAGACCAAAGAAGAGUGCGAGAAAUACGGCAAAGUGAUUAAGUGUGUCAUUUUUGAGAUUGCUGAUGUACCAGAUGAUGAAGCUGUCAGGAUAUUCCUGGAGUUUGAAAGGGUGGAGUCGGCCAUCAAAGCUGUGGUGGAUCUGAACGGACGUUAUUUCGGCGGACAGGUCGUCAAAGCCUGCUUCUACAACCAAGACAAAUUUCGAGUUUUUGACCUGGGCGAGCAAUUAUGAGGCCAUUAUAUCCUGUCAUGUACAUAAACACCCCCAUUUUUUAAAAAUAUUCCUAUUCCAUGUCAGAUAUUUAGUUUCUGUUGUUGUGGGAUGAAACACACCUAAUGUCUACAGAAUAAAGGGUGAAAUUUGA